AACUCAUAAACUUCCCCUCUUAUUUUCAUCCGCCCAUAGCAAUAGGCUUGGCCGCUUCGGGCGCGGUCUUCUGGGACUUGUAGUUCUUUGCGUGCCUAGAACCUCACGCUCCUUACGCGGCUCAGAACUACCUAUCCCAUCUGCCCACAAGCCUUGCCGGGUCCGCGGUGGCUGGUCAGCCGCGGCGGCUGGUCAGCCGCGGCCAGGAACCCCCCGCGCGGGGCGCUGGUGACCUCGGGCCCGGGUCAUGUUUGUUCCCAGCCCGGGCUGGUGGCGAGGCGGCCCCCAGCUCGGCCCCCUCGGUGUGUGGGCCGGGCUUCGGGCUGCCUUGGCCCCAGCGGCGGCGUCCCGAGCCCGUCCUGCCAGACCCUACAGCUUGUUGGAGAGGAGCAGCUUGAGCGAGUCGACCAUCGCUCGCAAAACGCCGCUUAAGGAGUGGACGCUGAUUGUCAAUCCGUUCGGGAGGCUGCAGGCGCGGCUCCCGUGCGACAUCGCCGUGAGACCCCUGGACCCUUACCACUACCCGGACGCCGACCGGGUGCUGGUCACCGUGAGCGGCGUGGAAGGCGGCAGCCUGGACCUGGACAGUAUCCAUGUGAGAUACGACGAGACCCUGAAGCAGAUGGCCAUCAUCUCGGACAGCAUCGACCGCCAGGCCUCGGUGGAGGUGAAGGUCCCCUUGAAGUUCGAUUUGAAUAUCAGGACAUCAGGGACUGGCUGUGUAAAGGUCCAGGAAGCUGAAUGUGAUGAUUGUAGAAUAGAAACUGAACAAGGAAACAGCAUUGUGCAGUCAGUAAAGAGUAAAAAAUUACAUAUUCAAACAAAAGGAGGCAAAGUGAUCUGUCUGGGAACUAUUCUUGGAAAUACAGAUAUCCAUGCAACAGAAAAAAGUACUGUGACUAUAGACAAACUACAGGGAAGUUCUGUUAACAUAUCUACUGAAGAUGGUUUGCUGAAAGCUGAGUAUCUCUAUACAGAGUCAUCAUCUCUGUCUUCUGCUGCUGGGGAUAUUACAUUGGGAAGUAUUCAUGGUGAUUUAACAGUACACAGCAAAAUGGGUAACAUCACAAUAGAUUGGGAUGGACUAUCUUUGGCCUUCAAUGCUUCCCAGAAUUCCUGGCACAUAGUAGAUUCAUUAAAUGGUUACCUAAAAGCUUCAACACAUCAGGGUGCUGUAGAUGUUUAUGUCAGCCAAAUGGGGAAUGUGGACUUGAAAUCCCAUAAAGGUUCUAUUACAAUCAAAGUCCCAUCCUCUCUCAAAGCUCAUUUGCAAUUGUCAGGGAGCAAAGUUGAUGUGAAUCCAGAAAUCACUUUACAAGAAAUUUCAGAAGUUCCAAAAGACAAUGGUAUAAUAAUCAAUGGUCACAUGAACCAAACCAAAGAAAGUAAAAAGUGGAUCAAGGCCAAUGCACCCAAUGGCAUUGUGUAUCUCAAAAGCCAAAGCUGGUUUCAGUCCCUCAAGCUGAAGGAUUCCUGAUUGUUUGAACUCUGAUAUAAAUAACAAUCAUU